AUGUCUCCGCAUCAAGAAGACCGACACUUCGGGACUGAGUUGCGCUGUCCGGGGACCAUCCGAAUGCCUAUCAUGGAUCACAUCCCAGUGACAGUGACCCUCUUGACCUCAACGUCCACUGCCAGUGUUCGCCUCGGGAGGCGUACUCGAAAGUUAGAUUUGGCCUCGGCUGUUCGCCACCAGAACGCUCCACUAGGCACCAGGCGACAGGAAGACGCUCAUUCAGAGGCGGGUGAAAUCGUCAUGACCCCGACGUGUUGCGAGGAUAACCAGCCCAGCACAUUCCACGGAAGAGGAACAGUGCAUGUGAUGAAGCUCGGAAGCUGUCCGGCGGACCCUGAGUGUGGAUCCCUUGGAAUUGGCACCGUGAUGGUGAGGACACUUAUCACGUUACGGGAGUUCCCGAUUUGCGCCUCUCAGCCAGAAAAUGCCCUAGGACUCGGGACUAGCUGGAGUAAGGAGAAUGCGUGUUUGCUUCCAUGGAAGAAUAAUAGCUUCCCUGAGCCGGGACGUGCCAAAGAGAACCCUGAAGACAGCACCGAGUGCGACCCGGGUUGGCGCCCGGCGCGCACAUCCCUCCAAAACACCCCAGACUAG